UUUAUCUUAUAUAGGUGUUUAUUUUAUCCUCAUAUUGUUUAACUUUCACACCUACUUCUGAUAGUUUUCAUGUAGGUUUGAAAAAUGAGGAGGACUCCCAUAUUCUCAAAGGAUGGGAAUGGAGAAUUUAGUGAGCUCGAUUAUGAUCCCCAUGUUGAUUUCUCAAAGUUCUUGGAAGAAGCAAGGAAGUACGCAAAUGAUGCAAAACUCAACCCCAACAUGCACUCACAUACAAACGCAACACCAUCAAGAAUUCACAAGGGCGAGAGAUCAUGGAAGGGCACCUUGUUCUUUUGGAGGAAACUAACGAAGAGAGGAGGAGAAAUCCAUGGAGGAAUGGCAACCAAGCCAUCCAAUGGCUCCAAUGCCUCGAAAAGAAGACACGUGUCCGUCUCUGGUCUGAUCUGCGGAGACGGUAUCAGCCGCCGCGUCGACCGCCCGGCCUCCGGCCCUCUUGCUGGAUGGUUCACUCCUACAAGGGCCGAAGAGAGUGAGGCCCCUUACGUGUGCUUAGACGUAAAGAGACAUGCUUCAGGUGCCAAUGCUUUUGGUCCUAUUUAUAGAGUGACUUGAGACGAGAAGAGUGUAAGCGUGUUGUUAUAGUCACGAUGUAUGAAAAGUUCAGGGUGCAUUA